CGGGUCUAUUGUCCGCACUCUGGGAGUGAAAAUCGUCCGAAGUGUGGCACCCUCGAGGCGAGUGCGACGUGACUCGAAAUUCGUACUUUUCGUACCAAAAUUCACGUGUUGCUUUCGUUUUUUUCGUCCCCGUGAAAUUUCACCGUGCGGCGCACCGUACGCGGCUGGUGGGAACGCGUCAGUCGAAGGAAAACGUGCGGUCAAACACAACAUCUCGAGGAGUUGGUGCUGUUUUUCCCCGGAUUUUUGAGUGUCGCAGUUUAUUCAGUUAUUCGAGGAGUACACGAUGAUUGUCAGGGGCCAAAAGAUUGCGUUCCGUGCCUGGUGAGGGCGAUGGGAAGAUCGGACCCGGGCACCAAACAGAUCUGGACGCAGGACAAGUACAAAACAGAGGAGCUACGACCGAAAGUCAACGUCAAAAACAAGCCGGGCUACUACACGACACCGAACGACAAGUACAACUCCAAUUUCCACAAGCACAAGGAGUCCACGCAGUUCGAAUACAUACGUCACAACUUGUACAUCAAGUCUGCAGUGGGGAACAAUCAGGCGUUGAGGUUCCAGGUCAAGAAGAUCAGCUUCAGAAACUACACCCCCAAGAUACUCGACCAGGAAGUGAAUCUGGGCAUGUGGAUGUGAACAUUUGUGAUGGUGAUUGUUAGUUUUGGUACAAAUAACUUGGAUUAAUGCUAAUACUGGACUCUCAAAUAGUGAUUUGAAGAGUUUUUGAAACAUGCAAGUUUGCAAGUCUGAAAUUUGGUGAGAAACUUCAGAAGAACAAAACCACAUCACAAUACAAACCUGAAUCGUACCUCAGAGCUAGUCCUGAACCUUCAAAUAGUGAGUUGAAGACUUUUUAAAGUAGUUUUAAGGCUUAAAAUUGGCAAGUACGUUUAUAAGAAUCACUACAACGAAUCUACAAACUAAAACAUCAUAAUACUAAAUUGGACCAGUCCUCAAAGCUAAUUCUGGAUUUUCAAGUAGUAAUUUGAUGACUUUUUUGAGUAGUUUCAAAUUUUAUAACGUCCAGACGAGUCUAAAAUUUGUCAGAAACAUUCGGAAAAGACACCAAAGUCAAUCUACAAACAAAGACCCAUCAAAACACCAAUUUGAAUCGGACCCCAAAGCUAAUCCUGGACAUCCAAUUGGUGACUUGAAGAUUUUCCGGAGUAGUUCCAAGUCUCCAAAUUCUCAAGGAUUUUCCCCAAGAGCUAGCAGAACAAACGUGUAAAAUAAACCUUAUCAAAAGUAGGUUUUUCGAGGACACCAAGAGCAUCUUUCGGCUUGAGUGCAAAUUUUGAUGUGCGUUAGACAGCGCCAUGUUAUCGGCGCUGGGACACGUGGCCCACGUGGCCGUCGGAUUGGCCGGCAGCCCGUUCACCAUUCUGGGAUUGGUGCCGAUCUUCGCCGCCGGACUGGCGUUCAUGAAGUACGUGGACGUCGAUCCCGAAACGCAUCCCGUCAACGUUAAACAUAUUCUUCCAGAAUAUGACUUUAUCGUGGUGGGUGGAGGAUCAGCCGGAGCUGUGGUGGCAUCCCGAUUGUCAGACAUAGCAAAUUGGACGGUACUGCUUCUGGAAGCUGGAGGAGACGAGAACGAAAUCUCCGACAUACCUUCCCUGGCCGGUUACACUCAGAUGUCCCAAAUGGAUUGGAUGUAUCAGACGUCUCCACCGGGGGAGUCACCCUAUUGUCUAGCCAUGAUCGGCGACCGUUGCAACUGGCCAAGAGGCAAGGUGCUGGGCGGAUCGAGCGUUCUCAACGCCAUGAUCUACAUACGGGGCAACCGAAGGGAUUAUGACUAUUGGGAGGCGCAGGGGAAUCCCGGCUGGUCCUACGAUGAUGUUCUACCUUACUUCUUGAAGUCUGAAGACAAUCGUAACCCUUAUUUGGCACGCACUAAGUACCACAACACCGGAGGAUACUUAACAGUGCAGGAGUCGCCUUGGAGGACACCUCUUUCUAUUGCCUUCCUGCAAGCAGGCAAGGAAUUGGGUUACGACAUCAGGGAUUGCAAUGGAGAAAAGCAAACUGGCUUCAUGUUGUCACAAGGUACGAUACGAAGAGGUUCCAGAUGUUCAACAGCUAAGGCGUUUUUAAGACCGGUAAAAAAUAGACCCAACCUCCACAUCGCACUGUACUCACAAGUCCACAAAGUACUAAUAAAUCCAAGUACCAAACAAGCUUACGGAGUACAGUACAUGAGGCACAACCGUGUUGGUACGGUACGAGCGAGACGUGAAGUGAUUCUUAGUGCCGGUGCCAUUGGGUCGCCUCAAAUUUUGAUGCUUUCAGGUGUUGGACCUAAGGAACACCUCGAGUCGUUCAAAAUUCCAGUUUUGAGCGACCUAAAGGUUGGCCACAACAUGCAAGACCACGUGGGACUUGGAGGUUUGACUUUUAUAGUGGACGAUCCGAUAACCUUUACAAAAUCCAGGUAUCAAAGCUUUCCAGUUGCCAUGGAGUACAUUUUGAACGAAAGGGGGCCUAUGACUUCCUUGGGAGGGGUUGAGGGUUUGGCUUUUGUUAACACCAAGUACGCACCCAAGUCAGGAAAUUGGCCAGACAUUCAGUUCCAUUUCGCUCCCUCCAGUGUAAACUCUGAUGGCGAACAGGUGAAGAAAAUUACUGGGCUAAGAGACAGCGUGUUCAACACGGUGUACAAGCCGUUAAAGAACGCGGAAACGUGGACAAUUUUACCACUCCUUUUACGUCCCAGAAGUUCCGGCUGGGUCCGGCUGAAGUCCAAAGACCCGAACGUUUAUCCGGACAUUAACCCCAACUAUUUCACGCACAAGGAGGACAUACAAAUCCUGACGGAAGGCAUCAGAAUCGCCUUGAACGUUUCGGCCUCCAAAGCCUUCCAACGAUUCAACUCCCGUCCUCACAAAAUCCCGUUUCCGGGUUGCAGGCAGUACGCCUUCGACGCAGACGAGUACUGGGAGUGCGGGAUAAGACAUUUCACCUUUACUAUCUACCAUCCGACCUCCACGAAUAAAAUGGGGCCGGCUUACGACAAAGAUGCGGUGGUGGAUCCGCGAUUGAGGGUGUACGGCAUCAAAGGUCUGAGGGUGAUCGACGCCUCCAUCAUGCCGACCAUAGUCAGCGGUAACACGAACGCCCCAACCAUUAUGAUCGGGGAGAAAGGGGCGGAUUUGGUUAAGGAAGAUUGGGGGGUGAAGACGAGAUGAUUUUUUUGUUUUAACCGGGUAUUUAUUUUUUAUAACUAGUCAUGUAGUUGAAAUUAUUGCAUAAUUGUUUUUGUAGAUGCGAUAUUUAUAAUUAUGUUAUUUUGUGUGCGUCUGUAUGUUUUUGUAUAUUUUUUUGUAUAUAAACUGAUUUCACUCAUGUAAAAAUAUUUUUGUUG